AGACAAUCACCUCUGACAGCUUUCGUUUGUUGAUCAACCGUUGGGCAUCGGAUCGAAGUCGGAGAAGGUGUUUUCUGUCCCACUUACGCCUCGCCACCGAUUUCACCUGUACAAUAGGUGCGCCCACACCCCGCCCGCGCCCCCCACUCGCCCCAUGACACCUCCAGCAGCUGUGAGGGGCGUUAUCUGCGUGGAGGGGGUCACUGCUCCCCGGUAGAUGACGGCUGCUAGGGGUGAAAAGGGUGCUGCAUACCCAACUUGACAAUUUUGGUGCUAUUAGAUGCCAUUACUUUACUGACUCCAAAAAUGAAGCUUUGAAAGACAAGAAAUUACUCAGCACUUAUGAAUUUGCAUUGGAGUGAGUGUAGUCAGGAUGUGCUGUUCAAGAAAAAAGAAAUUUAAUUACAUAUUGACUAUGAAGAUGUAGGUUCUUGUAAUAAAUUGCAAGAAAAUUUGAAAAUAAAAUAUUUUCUUAAAGUUAUGAUGGGACAAUACAUGAAAACAAACAAUUAUGCUUGUGGAAAAUAAAUUAGAACACAUAUCAGAGCAUGUGUGUUGGAGAUUGUAACUUUUUAAAUAGCCUUAUGCAGAAUGGUUGACUGGGAAACUGGCAAUUUAAGACUGCAUGCAGGAAGAAUGCAUGCAGUGAUAAAGGCCUCCAAUUCUUUCCCGGUAAGUGAAAUGUUCCAAGAUGAUGAUGCUGAACUUAAUGUAAUGGAUUUUGUUGAAACCGAGUACAAAUCUGAUAAGUGUGAAGAUACAGGAAUUAGACAAAGUCUGUCUGUUACCUCAGAACAUUAUAGACAGAGAAAAGUAAGGUCCAAUUGUGGAGUUCCACAUGGUGACCCAAAUAUUAGAUACAAUACUAGAGUAGAUUCUCUACCACAUUUUACACACCAAUUAAUAAACAGAAAAAAGAAAAAGAAAUCUGUACUAAAUUCUUCUUUUGCUGUGGGACAAAGUAAUAAUUUAGAUGUUUCUCUGCAUUUUCCAUAUGCGACUUAUUUGAAAACACUUUGUGAUGAAGUAGGCGAUGUUCAAAAUCCAAUGUCUGAUUCCUUUCCCUCAAAAAUAUUUGAUCAGCUUCGGCAUGCAAAUGUACAUUAUCCAUAUGCAUCUCUUCUAGAGGAACUUCAUCAGAAUGCUGAAAUUGAGGCCUCUAAUGUUCCGUCCACAGUCGAAGAAUUGUAUCAGCAGGACUCGCAAGAACUGGGAAUUGCAGAUGUUAUGAGAAGUCUUCACUAUCCAACCAAAGUGAAUGAAAACUCCAGCAGUGCAGAAGGUUCUCAAAUUGAAAGCUUUGAUGCACCAUUUAGUACUAUGUUAUUGGGUAUGGUUAUGCAACAAAAAAUCCAGGAUUAUGCAUGCAAUCAUUUUGAUAGAGUGACUCCAGUCAGUAAUUUCCGUGGUAUAGGUGAUAUCCUAAAAACCUUCAUGCCAAAGACACAAGAUGAUGACCCUCCUCCAAGUGAAUUGUAUUCCUCUGCUUUACUUCAGAAAUUUUCUCUUAGUGCACAGGAUGAAAAGGUAAUGCAUGGGAACAACUCCUUCCCUGAGAGCAGUGAUGAGGAACAGGAGCAAAUAUUGUUGUGGUCUACGUCUGAGUCGUCACACAGUGAAGACGAUGACUUUGAAUGGAAACCUACAAGUUGGAAGGCCAAGAAAGUGACUAAUGUUGUAGACAUUCCAAAGAAACGUAAAUCAAGGAGAAAGAAAAAGAGAGUUGUUAAAACUGAUUGUUACUCAGAUUUGAAUGUUCCUAGCUCUUCUCAAAAUGAUUUUAAUUGCACUGGUAAACAAUAUUCAUGUUCAACAAGAAAAACUGAAAAUUCUAUACAUAACCCAUCAUCAGCAUUAUCAUCUAGGCUCUUGCAGCUUAUUAUGGGUAAUCCUCGCAAGGCCUCAGAGAAACCUUUAAUUGGAGAAUCUGACAAGAUUUUGCUAACUGAGGAAAGGAAAAGUAUAUCAUAUAGAUGUAAUUUAAGGCGUAGUAAAAGAAAAGCAAAUAGAAACAAUACACAAAAUAACAUAGAGAAAGUGAGUCUCUGUUGGGGAAACAAACUGCAGGAUAAUGAUGGGGGCUUGCAAAACAAACAGCAAAAGCAAGUUAAAGAGGAAGUUUUGUCAGUGAGCAACAGUGAGAUGGAAGACAACGACCCUCUGUAUGAAUUGCCAUGUAGUGCAAAAUGCAGUGAACCACAGUCUCUUUUAAAAGAAUAUCUUCUUAAGCCAGCUGGUGAGGAGAGACUACAGACUGAGAACUGUGAUAUACCUAAAGUUGAAACAAAUUUUCUUUUUAGUCGUUUACUACAAAAUUUCAAAAAUUUAGCUGAAUCUAGCAGCACUGAUAACAAUUGCAAAAAAGGUCAAGAGAGUUGUACUGGUCCGAGUAUCUUAAGAGGAAUGCUUGUUGGAGGGAAUAGUAGCAGUGAACUCGGUAGACAAAACUGUGCAGAAGAAGAAAUGCAAAAUGAUGGCAAAAGCUUCAUCGAACAUGUAGAUGUUUCAUCCAUUCGAGAAUGUUCUUCCCAGAAUUCUCUUUUUGAUAAAAGUGGUUCAGUGUGUAAAGUUAAAUGUGAACAAGAUAUUAAAAUGGAAAUUGAGGAAGAAGUCCUUUGUAAACUUGAGUGUGAGGAAGAUAAUUUUGAAUGCCAAGUUUGUCAUCUUCAGUUUUCUUCUGGAAUGGAUCUUUCCAACCACCAAAUACUGUUUCACUGUAAUGAGGAUCCCCAGACUUCCUCCUCCCACACAUUGUUACCAUGUAGUGCUGAUAGUCUGCAGAGUAAAAUUCUACAGGAGAAAUUACCAGCCUGACAAUGGACUGUGAUGAGAGUACAUUGCUUCCCUGUGCUUCCCACAAUCAUUCAGUUAUCAUCAUGCCAUGUUGGCACUUCCCAUGUGCACUGUGCAAUAUGUACAAAUAUUUUAGGAUAAGUAUAUAGUUUUCUUUUUUUAUUCAAAAACUAUAAAUAUGUAUUUAAUAGAAACUGUUAGUGUCUUGAAAAUUAUGAAUGUAAUUGAAUUGUUUAUUGUAUGUGGUACAGCUACUUAGUAUUAAGACUGAGUCCGUCCAUAGGAAACAGCCCAUUGUGUAAGUAAACUGUUCUUUCAUUCAAAGGCUGUUAUUCAGGAAGUGUGUGCAAUUACUAGGUAAAUAUAUUGUGAUAUGGAGUGAAUUUCGAUCAGGUGGGAGUUAGCUUCUUCCAUUGCCCCUGUGCUGUUAAAGUAAAAUGUGUGUUAGUAGUCUGCCAUUUUUUUGUAAUGAAGCAAAAUAUAUUGGUUUGGGUAAAUUUGAGAUUAUAUUAAUUACGGUAUGUUUUAAGUAAAAUAUAGUUUUAUCAAAUAUGCGCUAUGUAUAAGGCGACUUUGGUAGUAUCAACUGACAAACAGUAUACUCUUGAAACUAUUCGUGUUUGAGAACUGUGUAAGUGUUUGAAAUAAUCAUAUUUUAUUAAUGACAAUAUAAAGAAGAGAUGCUAUAUUUCUUGUAUAUUUAAGAUGGAGUAAGUAAUUUUAGAUAUUUGAUUUAUUGAAGCUGUUAUAAUGCCAAAGAAAUUUUAUUGGUUAAAAUUAUUUAUUGUCUAAUAUAUUGAUCUCAUUGACUGUAUUGCAAUCAUGAUCCAAGACUAAAUAUAAUGCUCAUAUGUGGGUUUGAUAUCCACUUUUUGUUGGUACGUAAUGGUUAAAAUGUUCAAAUUUUUCUUAUAUUAAAAUGUAGUUCAGUGAAAAUAUGUAUUUUUAAUGUUAUUCAGUUUUCUUAUACAGUACAGUAAUUACAAAUUAAUUAAAGGUAUAUUAUUUAUUGUUUGCAUUUGUAUGUGGCUGUAGAUUAGUCAGGACCAAAAAUGUUAACAAUUUUUUUUUUACUGUGGAAAGCUUAUUUUAACAAUAAUAUAAUUGUAUCAGCAUCUUCAGUGGAAAUUAUACCUGUGAUUCAUUAUAUUGUUUUAGCAGUAAAUUAUAAUUAUAUUGCUGUAUUGAUAUUUAAACCGUUUUUAGUUCAAUGAGCAACUUUAAAAUACAUUUUAGAAAAGGUUCUGUAGUUAUCUAUAACUCCAUGCAAAUCACUACUUUUGUGCAUGAAAUUUCAUUACCAAAUAGUUAAUCUGCAAAUGCCAUAAGUCAGUUUGGCAAAGUUAGUUUGUAAUAGCAUCAAAGGAAGGACACAUGAUAGAGAGUCUUGCAGCUGAUGGUAGAUAUUUUAUGGCCAAAAUUAGACAUUGUAGUUGAUUUUUGUUAACACAUUUUUCACCUGAAAUAACAUGUAUUGUCCACGAACUAUUUUAGUCUCCAUAAACUACUUAUAAAAUAGUUUCUUCCAAAUGGCACAUCUCAAGUAUAGAAAUGAUUCUAUUUUGAGCCAGUAUAAAUUGUGUUCAUGUACUGGUACCGUACAAAAUCAAAAGGUGUGGGCCAAUACCAUUGGCUUUUAACCUCAAGUACUGUCACUCUACAUUCUAUAUUUUUGUUGGCCUGUAUAACCAAAUUUAUUUGACAUUAUAUUUGUGUUGUUUUGAUGAUGAGCCUCGUCAUCAACCAGGCUUAUAAAGAUUACCAAAUUUAAGAUUUUAAUUAUAAAUAUCAAUUAGUGUGUUCCAUUUUCCUUAAUAUUUUGUUACCCUGUUUACCAAGUGUAUUAUUUAUUUUGUAUUUUUACCCAAAACUGUUUAUUGUUACUAGAAUUUUAAAUUAUGUAUAUUUUAAUUAUAUAAUUGAAAAUUGGUACCUGCGUAUUGUUUUGCAAAACAUUCACUUUAGGGGUUAGCUUUGAGAAAGGUUCUUGGUGCAUUUAAGGAACAUGGAAGUUGAAGCAAAAUAUUAACAAUAAUCUUAAAAAAUUAUGACUUUAGAUAAUGUGCGUGAGUCCUAUCCAAAUUCUGAUAAAUCUAAUAUUUACCCAAAGGAAGUUUCAUGUGCGAAAGACUUCAACUUGCCAGAUGUCAGCUUCCUGUUCUCUUGUUAUUCUGCUGUAUAUUCAUUAGUGAUGAUCCCUUUCCCAAUUUAUAUGUACAUUAUUGUUUCUGUGCCAAGGAAGCUAUUUAUGUAUGUUAAUUGGGCUGUUUGUCUCUGAAGACCUAUUUUUGUUACAACACUUAUGCGGUAUUGUGUUUCAUGUGCAUAUUUUGUUGCUAUCAAUUUAACAUGCAAUCUUUUUCAUGAUUUUAUUCAACUUGAUUAUAUUUCAUUAUAUGCUCGAAGUUUUCCGUUUUCAGUCCUUGAUUCUUGUGACAUCACACUGGCCUAGUUAGUAUCAGAAACCAUGGCAGAUGCAUCAUUUCAGUAUGAACUUGUAGUAUUUUUUUUUUUUUUUUUUUUUUUGUAGAUACUUCUCUAGUAGCAGUGUAUAUGUGUACAGAUUCAAACAAAAUACAUAUAAAUUAGAUACAAUGCUAUAUAGAAAACUUUUAAUAUCCAUGAUUAUAGGUUGAAAAUUGUCAUUAAUGAAAAGUUUAUUAAAGUUAUUUUAUUGGGUU